AAGUGACGUAGUUCCGUAGAAUUAAUACCUCAUUAAUGCAUUUUGAAAAUGGUGAGAAAAAAACCCCAACCUCUUAAAAACAAACAAACAAAAAAAUGCUUAUUCCUCCCCCACUUUGAAUAAAAACGUAGGUUUUCCCCAUCAAGCGUAAUCUUAUAUUUUGUUCUGCAGAGUACAGAUGUCAAGUGCGUUCGGAAAUGUAACACUAAUGCGGAAAACAUAAAAUAAUAAUAAAAAAGAAGAGCCACUUUCAGAUUCGGUUUCCGAAAGGAACAUUUAACAAACAUCAAUACAUUAUGAAAUCGUGAAAGGUAAAUGUAAUAUUUUUAUUGUAAUUGAUUUUGUUUGCAAUGAAAAAUGUUAAUGUGACAGAUUUUUAUGAUAUAAAAUGAUUGACUUUUCAAGGGUAACCUCCCGCUCUUGCAUGCGACAUUACGUUGCGUACUUAGGAUGGAUAGAAUUUGACGUAGUUUACGUAGCACAAUGACAAAUGAACCGAGCCUCUGUCUAAUGCACAAACAACCAUUAAUAAUUGCCUUUUAUUAUUUUAAAGUUCUACACCCAAAGUUUUGAUGAAGAAAAAAGCGGUUAACAUUUCGCUCUUGCCGCCGAUUAAAACGUACUUUGGAGGCGGGGCCGCCCGGAGCCAACAAGCGACCUAAUUGGCUAACUGAGCGUGACGUCACCGAGUCCGGACGCAUCUCCUGCGGUAAGAGAAGCAUUUGUUUUCUUAUCCCUGACGUCUUCUAUUCAAGCCUGACGACCACCGAGACUUCAUGUAGCAGUUUAGGAAUUCAUCUUCGUCUGUACCCCCACACAAAAAACUUACUGGGAUGGUAUCAUGGACAUGGACAAUCAAGAGGGAGAGACACAGGGAGUCAAGAUAUGUCCACCCUUAGAAGUUAAUACAGCAGCAGCGGACACCCUGGCAACCUCACUUUCACUUUUGGGGAAUCACAUGUUUCCCGAUCUGGUGGCCAAGAAAGCUGCCCUUGAAGAGAAGCGGACACAAGAUGGUGCAGAGGAAUCCCCUCAGGAGACAGAAGGCUCUCUUCCUCCUCCGGCAACCGAGCCGGAAAGCGAGGAGCAUCAGGACGAGGUGGCGAACGGCACGCAAAGUGACUCUGGAGAGUUUGUCGUCACCGUCCUGGCCAAGGCCAAGUUGGAGGAGCAAGGCCUCGGCGUGAAGGGUCGCUUGUCGCCGCUGCUGGAGGCGGGAAUGCAGGAAUCUCCCACCGCCGCCCACGGCCCUUCCCACCGUGACGAGGACGUGACGGCGGAAAGCUGGCGGCGGCACAGGAAGCACGUUUUUGUGCUGAGCGAAGCCGGAAAGCCUAUCUAUUCACGCUACGGCAGCGAAGAAGCUCUGUCAUCUACGAUGGGCGUCAUGAUGGCGCUGGUGUCCUUUGUGCAAAGUGGUGAUAAUAUUAUACGCUCCGUCUACUCAGAGGAGCACACGGUGGUUUUCCUCCAGAAAGGCCCCCUGGUGCUGGUGUGCGUGUCCAACAGCCGGCAGUCGGAGCAGCAGCUGCGUGGCGAGCUCCUCUAUGUCUACUACCAGAUCAUCAGCAUGCUCACGCAGGCCAGCAUCUCGCGCAUCUUCGAGCACAAGAAGAACUACGACCUACGGCGUCUGCUGGCGGGCUCCGAGAAGAUCUUGGACGGCCUCCUGGACCUAUUGGACUCGGACCCCAGUUUCCUUCUGGCGGCUGUGCACUGCCUGCCGCUCGCCUCCUCCCUCAGGGACUCCCUCAGCCAGAUCUUACAGAAGGCCAUCACGCCCAACUUGGUCUUUUCCAUCCUCAUCGCCAAGAACCAGCUGCUGACCAUCGUGCAGGAGAGAGCCGUCAUCGAGGACGCCCGUCUGGAGCCCGCCGACGUCCACCUGUUGCUCAACCUCAUCGGCGCCUCCUCCGCCUUCCAGGCCGGCGAGAUCUGGACGCCCAUCUGUCUGCCGCUCUUCAACCCCGACUGUUACUUCUACGCGUACAUCUCCUACUUGGACCCGCCCGAGUGCACCGUCUGCCUCCUGCUGCUCUCCACCGACAAGGAGGCCUUCUACGCCGUGGCUGAGUGCAAGCGGCGCAUCGAGGAGGCCAUGGCGGCGCAGGGCUCGCUGGGCCUCAUCGCCAAGGCGCAGUCGUACAGCGUCGGUCAGGUGGGCGUCGCCGACCUCAGGCACUUCAUGUACAAGCCCUUCGACGUGCCCGACAAUCACCGCCAGCUCACGCAGUUCACCAGCCCCGAGAUGGAAGCCCCGUACCACACCGAGGAGGAGAAAAUGAGGCUAUUGGACCUUUACCGUUACAUGCACAGCCGCAUUCACAGCAGCUCUCGACCCCUGAAGCUCAUCUACCACGUGGCGGAGAGGGAAACCCUGCUCGCGUGGGUGACGAGCAAGUUUGAGCUGUACACAUGCUUCAGUCCACUGGUGACCAAAGCGUGCGCCAUCACCGUCAUUACCAAGCUCCUCCGCUGGAUCAAGAAGGAGGAAGAGCGCCUCUUCAUCAGGUACCCACCUAAGUACUCCACCACGCCCAACCCCGCCAAGAGCUCGCGAGGGGCCAAGGCGGAACAGACAGACUCGGCCGACAACGGCUACCUGUCCUUGCUAUGAGGACGCUACACUUUGACACUCAAAAGCUGAGGUAGGUAGGGACACCUUUUAAUUAUCAACGGACAGAACUAUUUAAGUGGUUUUAGUUUAGUUUUAGCAAACUAUGAAUGCAUUGCACACGGGAGACGACCAGCACGAUGCAAGCGGAGUUGGACAAGCGGGAACAUCCUCGCAAUAAAACCUCAGAGCCCCCCAAAACAUUGAACCCACAUCUGCUCAUAAAAUGGAAUGAUGAUGAUGAUAAUAAUGAACUGGUUAUUUGGUUUUCAUCAAUUCAAUGCAGCCCUCAGAGGACUUGAGGGAGAAUUGUGGUCACGUAGAAAAUUAUAUUACGAUCAUAAAAAUUUGGUCUAAUAAUUGCAGAGUUGCCCAAGUCAUAUUUGAAUGUCAUUGGGAAAAUAAAUUUAACAAAAACA